AUGAACGGCACAGAGGGGGAGAACUUCUAUAUCCCCAUGUCCAACAAGACGGGGGUAGUGCGGAGCCCGUUUGAGUACCCCCAAUACUACCUGGCUGAGCCCUGGAAGUACUCAGUACUUGCUGCCUACAUGUUCUUCCUCAUCAUCACAGGCUUCCCGAUCAACUUCCUCACCCUUUAUGUCACUGUGCAGCACAAGAAGCUGCGACAGCCCCUCAACUACAUCCUCCUCAACCUGGCUGUGGCCGACCUCUUCAUGGUCUUUGGUGGCUUCACCACUACCGUCGUCACCUCCAUGAAUGGCUAUUUCAUCUUCGGACCCACUGGCUGCAACUUUGAGGGAUUCUUCGCCACACUUGGUGGUGAAGUCGCUCUUUGGUGCCUUGUGGUGCUUGCCAUUGAACGUUAUGUGGUUGUUUGUAAACCAAUGAGCAACUUCCGGUUUGGCAGCCAACAUGCCAUCAUUGGUGUCGCUUUCACGUGGAUCAUGGCCCUCUCGUGUGCUGGUCCCCCGCUCCUUGGAUGGUCCAGAUAUAUCCCAGAGGGAAUGCAGUGUUCGUGUGGGGUUGAUUACUAUACUCUGAAGCCUGAAGUGAAUAAUGAGUCCUUUGUCAUCUAUAUGUUUACCGUCCAUUUCAUUCUCCCACUGACUGUUAUAUUCUUCUGUUAUGGUCGUCUGGUCUGCACGGUCAAAGAGGCUGCAGCCCAGCAGCAGGAGUCAGAGUCCACACAGAGAGCUGAGAGGGAAGUCACCCGCAUGGUGAUCAUAAUGGUGAUUGCCUUCCUCGUGUGUUGGCUGCCGUAUGCUGGAGUAGCUGCCUACAUUUUCACCAAUCAGGGCAGUGAUUUUGGUCCAAUUUUCAUGACCAUACCAGCAUUUUUUGCCAAAAGUUCAUCUCUCUACAACCCACUCAUCUAUAUCCUGAUGAAUAAACAGUUCCGUAACUGCAUGAUCACCACGGUUUGCUGUGGCAAGAACCCAUUCGAAGAGGAGGAAACUACUUCAGCCAGUGCCAGCAAGACAGAGGCUUCAUCUGUUUCCUCCAGCCAAGUGGCCCCUGCAUAACUCCUCAGCUCAGUAAACACAAUGGAGGCAGAAGUUGGGAUGACACUUCCGUCCGGCCUCUGCCAGACAAACUAAUGGUGUGGAGGUUUGAAGGCCCAAGAUUUCCAAACCCAAAGAAUUCACAGCAAUAUCAGAUAGUGGAAUUUUUCGAAAGUGUGGCACAUAUUUGUACAGAGCCAUCCUGAGCUUUGUGGUAAAACUCUGAGUCUAAUGGUGAGCACUCCCUGGCAUGUGGUGAAAAUACUGUAUAUUGUUUCAUACCAAUUGGUAGCCGUGAUCUCUUGCUCCGCUCAGUAUUUAUAAAUGCUUUCCAAUGCUUUUUAAAAUUCCCUCUUACCUGCAGUUGAAUCCAUCCUCUUAGCUCAGCUCUGUUCUAGAAAGUACCAGUUAAUAAA